GAAAACGUGCAGAGAAUAAACAGAACCAGAAAUAGAAACCCUUCUAUUUUUUCUAAUUUUUGGUAACCAAAGACCCUUAGAACAGUCCCAAGUUCCAACUGACAAAUCUUCUGUGACCGUUAAUAUAUAUAUAAAUAUAUGUUACUACUAUAACAGACUUCAGAAUUCUAAGCAACAAAAUUCCGCAAGGACCGAGUAGCUCACGGGUUCCUUUCUCCCCUUCGAAAGCUUUGCUCAAAUUCUUCCCUGUAAUUUCGCUAGGUAGGUCGGUUCUCAACAUUCUUCUUUUGUGAAAUAGAUAAUCCUCAAUUAUCGGAUUCUUCUUCAGGAAUCUUGUUUUUACCGGUAGAAAGUCCUUCGGAGGAGUAGGAAAUUCAAAGUGGAAAUGAGGGGUUUCAAGAACUAUCUUUCAAUCCUUGCUUUAAACUGAAGGAUUAGUCAGGUGGAUUCAAUUGAUAGCAAUUCGGAUGAUGUUUAUUUCUAAUACCCACUUCGAUUUGGUGAGCAGAGGAUCUGCUAAUGAGUUUCUAUUCAGGAAGAUGGUGCCUUAUGUUUCUGUUCUCUGGUUUUAUGUGAGUAGCUUCAUGUUUUAUCUGAUCAGUCUCGUUAACAGAUAUGUAUUCAGAUUUCAUGGAGAAGGUUUUCAUCAGGACGAUCCUUGUGGCAGAUUUCAUGGAGAAGAUGAUUUUCAGAAGGAUGAAUCGAAUUGCUCUACGCCCCAGCCUGAGACUAUCAAAUUUGAGGAUUCGGAUUCCGAUGAACAUGGAGAGAAAGAUAUUCCAAAGUUCUGUUUCAAGUUUCAAUAUCAGACUUCACAAGAAACCAAAGUAGGGGAUGAAGAAUCCGAUUUCUCUGUGCCCACAGAAGAAAAGGCCCCCACGGUUAGCAAUAGUAGUAAGUACCAGUUCUCGUCUGGGAAGGACUUCUGCGGAUUCAUGGAAGAACCAGAGGUUUUGAGCUUUACUGUCAACGAAUUAUAUGCGAGUUCGAAUUAUGGUUCUUUCAGCAACAAAGAGAUUAUUGAAGGAGGGUUCUUGUCUGAGAAAGAUCUUCGGCAGCUUAAUUCAAAAGAGGAAUCUAUUCAAGAAGAAACAGAGAAGAACUAUUCUGCUGAUUCUCACUGUAAAGCAGGGGAAACAGAGCCUGAGACUCUCAGUCAAGAACAGCUUUCUGGCAAGGAAGACUUAGUAGGUUCUGACAUUAAUUUUCAGACUCAGGAAGAUGCCCAUACAGAAAUUGAGUUCCUGAUCGAGAAAGACCUAUUUUCUUUAGAUUCGUACCCAGAAUCAGUUGGUUCAAGUGAUGAAUUCUCUCUUGAGAAUCUUUCGCUCGAUCCGAAAGAUGGGUUUUUGUCAGAUAAAGAUUUCGAGAAGCCAUCUCAAACUGAAAUUUUACUGGACUUUGAUGAAGAAAUCGAAAGUUUCGAAGAAACCCUUUUGAAGAAUUCAAAUAUGGUGAGCACAGAAACCAUGGAUAUCAGCGACCGGUCUUCUUCCUCUGUUAACCCUGACAUAGACGAAUCAGAAGUUUUCCAUAGUGAAAAUGGACAAAAUUCAAGAAUGGUGGACACCAUUGAAUUUGGGACUGAGAGUGACAGAGAGGAAGACGACGAAGAAGAAGCCACAGACGAAGACUUUAGUGGUGGUGAAGAGAAUGAAACUAUGGAUAUUUCAGGAAAAAUUGAAGAACCCAAUAUGCAGAAUAUGGAGGAGGAUUCAUCAAUGGCAGAACCUGAAGACGAAAACGAAUUGGAAACACAAUGGGAACAUCAAGAUUUGAUAGAACAGCUGAAGAUAGAACUGAAGAAGGUGAGAGCUGCAGGGCUUCCCACCAUAUUAGAAGAAUCAGAAUCUCCUAGGGUUAUGGAAGAUCUGAAACCAUGGAAGAUCGAUGAGAAGUUCAUGCACGAAGAUCGAAUUAACGAACUGCACAAGUUCUACAAAAGUUACAGAGAGAGAAUGCGCAAAUUCGACAUCUUGAAUUACCAGAAGAUGUACGCAAUCAGUUUCCUCCAGUUGAAGGACCCACUGCAGUCAAUUUCCAACAGAAAAUCUUCAAUUCCGGCACUCACAAGCGUCUUAUCCAACAACUUUAGGCUGGGCAAAUCUCAAACAGCUAAAGUGGACCCAACUGUACAGUUCGUAGGAGAGGUGCAGAGUGAUUUAGAAAUGGUGUAUGUAGGACAUAUGUGCCUUUCUUGGGAAAUCCUUCAUUGGCAAUUCGGUAAGUCCCAAGAGUUGCAGGAAUCUGACACUUAUGGCUUUCAUAGAUACAAUCAAGUCGCCAGUGAAUUCCAACAAUUUCAAGUUCUCAUUGAAAGAUUCUUGGAGAAUGAAGCCUUUCAAGGACCCAGAGUCCAAAACUAUGUUCGGAAACGAUGUGAGCUUCGUAAUCUUCUUCAAGUUCCAGCCAUAAAAGAGGAUUCUUCCAAGGACAAAAAGAAAUCCAAAUUAGGAGACAAUGAUGCAAUAAAAAUAGGAAAGCUAACUGAUAUCAUUGAGGAGUCAAUGAGGAUAUUCUGGGAGUUCGUUCGAGCUGAUGAUAAGCAUGAAGCUACUGUGAUUUUAAAGGGUUUUUGGAGAACUCAGGUUGAACUUCAGGACCCUUCAGAUUUGAAGCUUCUGACAAAAAUCAGAUCAAAUGUUCAAAAGAAGGAGAAGAAGCUCAAAGAGAUUUUGAGAAGUGGGAACUGCAUAGUAAAGAGAUUCCAGAAGAGGCCAGAAGACAGAUCAGAGUUGAUAUUGUUCUUCUCUCAGGUUGACAUGAAGUUGAUAACUAGGGUUCUCAACAUGUCAAAAAUAAAAAGUGAACAAUUGAUUUGGUGUGAUAAGAAAUUAGAAAAGAUAGAUUUUGUAGAUAGGAAGAUUCGAAGAGAACCCUCAUUUUUGCUAUUCCCAUGUACUUAGGAGGCUCUUUCUUUAACCCAAUAUGACAUAAUCUUUCAUGUGUAGAUGUAUAUCCAGGGAAAUAAACAAUCCAGAAAAAUAUUUUCAUGUAUAUACCUGAUUGGUACCCUGUCAGUAUUGAAAUAAAAGAAAACAAAAUUUUAACUUA